AUGACGCGCGCACAGCAGACCGUGUCGGUUCUCCUGCUAGUCUCCUCACUCUAUUUGGCUCUCUACCUCGGCCUUGUACCCUUGAAUGAGACCAUCCAGACCGAGAUCGUCCCUGUUCUCCCCUUCUACGCUCUCAUCUCCUUCGCCUGCUUCCUCCUCGCCCGGUUAGGUUACAUGAUCUUGACCUUCAACGAUGUCCCCGAGGCUCACGAGUCUCUGCAACGAGAGAUCGAGACGGCGAAAGCGGAGCUACGCCGCGCCAAUAUCGAUGUGGACUAA